AUGGUGCAGGCUGUCAUUCAUCCUCUCAUCAAUGAGCACACUUUCUGGCGUUUGGUGGCGUUUCUGGAAGGCCGUCUCCCGGCGGCCACUGUGCAUGCGCCCACAGCUCGUCAUAUUAUUUCAGUUGGUGCGCUGCAUUCCCCCUCAGUGCGUGCUCCACUAUGGACCGCAAAAGGCUUGACUGGCCCAGGACAGACCGAGAUGAUGACGGAUGACAGGAACAGCGUGCGGAUCCUGGAGGAGCCUCGGAUGAGGAGCGAAGAGGAGAGACUUCGAAGCCUCCAGAACUGGCCGACGGGAGCGGCCGUCUCAGCGGCGGAGCUGGCCAAGGCGGGCUUCUUCUUCCUGGGCUCGGGGGAUAAGGUGCAGUGCUUCUGCUGUGGAGGGAUCCUGAGGCACUGGGAGCGCGGGGACAGCCCGGCUGCCGAGCACAGGAGGCACUUCCCUCUGUGCGGCUUCAUAGCGGGCCGCGCCGUGGGAAACGUUCCUCUCCAGGCCGGGUCCCCGGACUCUGUGGACGGCCAGCUGCUGAGUCAGCUCCAGAGGAUGACGAUGGACGAGCAGAGCGCCGCGGGACAAGCCGUGUACCCAGAGAUGGAGACGGAGGAGUCCCGGCUCGCCACCUUUCACAACUGGCCCACAGAGGCCUCGGCGCAGGCAGACGUUCUGGCCGGAGCAGGCUUCUUCUACACAGGUCACGGCGACAACGUGAAAUGCUUCUACUGCGACGGAGGCCUGAGGAACUGGGAGCCAGGAGACGACCCCUGGCAGGAACAUGCCAGGUGGUUUCCACGAUGUGAGUUUCUAAUCCAGUCCAGGGGUCAGGAUUACAUCAGCACCAUACAGGAUGCUCACCUGGGCGACUCUGUGGGUGGAUCACAAACCUCCACAGGCAGAGAUAUGGGCUCCAGACACGACGUGGUCGGGGGCCUGGGAGCGUCCUCGGCCAUUCUCUCCCCCGUGGUGCAGACUGUGCUGCAGAUGGGCUUUGACGCCAGCCUGGUGGAGAGCCUGGUUCAGACCAAGUACCUUCUGACAGGCCAACACUACACGUCCGUGUCUGACCUGGUCACGGACAUUCUGCAGGCGGAGGAGGAGGACAGGCACACGGCGCCACAGAGCCGAGAGCCAGAGACGAGAGAGAGCUCUGGUGCUGGAAACGUGAGGACACAGACGUCCAUCAGGGAAAAAGUCAAGGAGCCGACUCCAGAGGAGCUGCUGAGGCAGCUGCAGGAGGAGAGGACCUGCAAGGUGUGCAUGGACAAGCUGGUGUCCAUCGUCUUCAUCCCCUGCGGGCACCUGGUGGUGUGCGGUGAGUGCGCCGCCAGCCUGCGCCACUGCCCCAUCUGCAGAGCCGUGAUCCGGGGCAGCGUCCGCGCCUUCAUGUCCUGAGGCCGGAGGGGUGGUAGCAGUACAGCUCAUCCCCGGCACUGAUGGAACCCGGGUGCUGCUUGCUUGUCUGUCACAGUUGAUACAUCAUUUGUAAUUAAACAUCAAUUUGUAUUAAAGCAUUUGAGUUGUCUCAGAAAUGA